AUGUGUAAAGUGCAGCUGAUGCUAUGCGCACUGCACGGCAGAGCCAUCCACGGCAUGGAGUUGCGUCGGUGCCAGCCACUCGUCGACAAGGGCUACAACCAGCAAUCCGGUGUCUAUGGGGUCAAUACUUUGAUUCUCUCGCAAGACGAAGGGUGUGAGGGCUUCACUUUCCCGGAUCCCCCAGUUAUAAUCCCGCGAUACCCGCCAUUUCAGCCCGAUACCGUCGACGACGUCCCAUUCCCGUAUGAUUCCAUUGAUAUCGUUAUCACCGGGUUGUGUGUAGGACCCUCACAGAACCGCAUCGAGAACUCCACCACCCCCGGCAAUGAUGGCGGCAAAGGCAAGGGCGAAGAGGUUAUCGACGACGCUUCGUCGCUGGAGGGCAUCGAAUGGGGAUCUUUUCGACUUCAGCAGCUCCGCCGUUCUAUGUGGUGGCGGUUCCUCUGCCCUCUCGCCGGCCAGAAAUCCCUGACCGACUGGCGCGGGCGCUCCGCGAGUCCCGCGGGGAGUCCGAGGACUCCCAGCCUGCCACCCAAUAGGGGGCUGGGCUGGUGGCUUGUGUGUGCGAAGCUCGCGCAGCUGCGGGCCGCCCUCGACGACUUGAAUAGGAAGCGCGCAGACGCAUACGAGCUGGGAUACAUGGGCUUCUCGCUUGACGAUCAGGGCACGGGGACUUCAAUUUGCACACUUGUGCUCGUCGUCGACUCGACGUGGUGCAGCUGCUCCUCGACAGAGGGUUCCGAUGGCAACCAGCACACCGACGGCACUAGAUAUAUGGUCACAACUGGAUCGUGCCCACGCCAUUCAAACUCGAGCACCUGUCGCCUCACUUGGCAGUUCACCUGCGGCGUCUCCAUGAACCGGUGCAGCCGGAGACUUCUCCGAAAGGAAAAGACAAUCACAUAA